GCAAAACAUGCAUUCAACAUUUAUAUAAUGUAUACAAAUGGAUAUUCUGAUAAAACAUCUUGUUUUCUGUUUUUCAUAGGGAAAAAGGUAGCAAAGCAAGAAGAUCUGAAAGAAAUGGGUGAUAUUUCCUCAGGGAUGAGCAGCUCCAUCAUGCAGCUGUAUCUCAAACAAGUCCUUGAAGCAUUCUUUCACACACAGUCCAGUGUUCGUCACUUUGCGCUCAAUGUUAUUGCACUCACAUUAAACCAGGGUCUUAUCCAUCCAGUUCAGUGUGUACCAUAUUUAAUAGCAAUGGGCACAGAUCCAGAGCCUUCUAUGAGGAACAAAGCAGACCAACAGCUGGUGGAAAUAGACAAAAAAUAUGCUGGAUUUAUUCAUAUGAAAGCAGUGGCGGGUAUGAAGAUGUCUUACCAAGUACAGCAGGCAAUCAAUACCUGCCCAAAAGAUCCUGUGAGGGGCUUUAGGCAGGAUGAAUCUAGCAGCGCUUUGUGCUCACAUCUUUACUCCAUGAUCCGAGGGAACCGGCAACACCGACGAGCCUUUCUUAUUUCUUUACUCAACCUCUUUGAUGACACAGCUAAAACAGAGGUGAAUAUGCUUUUGUAUAUAGCAGACAAUCUAGCCUGUUUUCCUUACCAAACCCAGGAAGAGCCACUUUUUAUAAUGCACCAUAUAGAUAUUACAUUAUCAGUUUCUGGUAGCAACCUUCUACAGUCAUUUAAAGAGUCUAUGGUAAAAUAUAAAAAAGAAAGAAAGCCUUCCUCUGAUGAAGAGAGUGAAAGUGAAAGCAAUAGCGAAAGUGACAGUGAAAGUGAGGAGGAAAUUCACAAAUCCCGGAAGUCACGGAAACGUGCAGAUUCUGAUUCAGACUCUGAUGAAGAAAAUGAUAUAAAUGCUGUCAUGAAAUGUUUGCCAGACAAUUCAGCUCCUCUGAUUGAAUUUGCAAAUGUUUCCCAGGGCAUAUUGUUGCUUUUGAUGUUGAAACAGCAUUUGAAGAACCUCUGUGGAUUUUCUGAUAGUAAAAUUCAGAAAUACUCACCCUCUGAAUCAGCAAAAGUUUAUGAUAAAGCGAUAAACAGGAAAGCAGGAAUUCACUUCCAUCCAAAACAGACGCUGGACUUCCUUCGAAGUGAUAUGGCUAAUUCCAGGCUCACAGAAGAUGUGAAGAGGAAUAUAGUGAAACAAUAUUUAGAUUUCAAACUUCUUAUGGAACAUUUGGAUCCUGACGAAGAGGAAGAAGACGGGGAAGUGUCAGCAAGCACAAAUGCUCGCAACAAAGCUAUUACCUCGCUGCUCGGAGGUGGCAGCCCUAAAAACAAUGCAGCUGAGACAGAGGAUGAUGAGAGUGAUGGGGAGGAUAGAGGAGGAGGCACUUCAGGGUCAUUGAGAAGGUCAAAACGAAAUUCAGACUCUACGGAGUUGGCAGCACAGAUGAAUGAAAGUGUUGAUGUCAUGGAUGUCAUCGCUAUUUGCUGUCCAAAGUACAAAGAUCGACCACAAAUUGCAAGAGUAGUGCAGAAAACCAGCAAUGGCUUCAGUGUUCAGUGGAUGGCAGGCUCCUACAGUGGCUCCUGGACUGAGGCUAAGCGCCGUGAUGGCCGCAAACUGGUGCCUUGGGUAGACACUAUCAAAGAGUCAGACAUUAUUUACAAAAAAAUUGCUCUAACGAGUGCUAAUAAGCUGACUAAUAAAGUGGUUCAGACUUUACGAUCGCUGUAUGCCGCCAAGGAUGGAACUUCCAGCUAAUGCAUUUGUACACAUGCAGCCAAAUUUUACAGGAAAGAACAGAAAAAAAAACUUGAAAUACCAACUUUCUGGCAAAAAAAAAAAAAAUCAAUUUAAUGAAGAGUAAGAAUGACACCUGGGAUGCAGGAAACAGAAGGAAAUGUUUGGUAAACAUUUUUGUGGGAGCUUCCUUCGCUGUUGUGCAGCAGAAACUUCUCAGUUCAUUUUUACUCCCACUGUAUAAUAGUUUAACGAAAAAAAUGUUUAUAUCUUGAAAAAAACCUUUCUGUUUAAAAAAAAAAUAAACAAGUGAAUGUUGGAAAUUAGUCUGUUAAUGUUCUUAAUAAAGUGUUCUUGGAGUUUAACCUAGCAGCGGAUGGCUUUCUUUAGCUUAGCCCAGUUUCAAGGAAAGCAUUGUUUUUCCAGGCUGUAAAAUGGCAGAAUCUCCUGGAUAUAUAAUUUAUUCUGUUGGGGGAAAAAGCAUGCAGUAUCUAUGACCUACCUGCAGGAGGAGUUUUUGUAAAUGUAGAUUUUUGAUGUAUUAGGUCACCCUGAAAUAAUACAAGAAAAGGGAUCCCCAGCAAAUCUGGUGGAACGAAUACUGCAAUAAAUUUUUUUACUUCUCUUUGUUA